GGCACAAAUUGUUGUUUACUUUAAAAUGUCACCAAAUUAACUUUCCUAAGAUUGUAUAAUCUUUUGGAUUAUUGUUCUAUCAAUUUUAGGAGAUGUACAUGUUGUAAUUAUGGAAAAAAUAAGGUUGCCAUUGAGUUGGAGGCAGAGCUGUGUCCCCUGAUGCUUUUAAGAUAAAAGAAAAAUGGGAGACAACAGGAUAGUUGACAUGUUGUGGAGAAGUUAUUGUGUAACUUUGCCCAUGGAAGAUACAUAGAAGCUACAAAGUUUUAUUUGUUAAAGCAUAAUAUAAUAAUGUAAAUGUAGAAUUAGUGUAUUGUAAAAAAAUGUGGACUUUUUUAUCUGAUGAAGUUUAAACAUUCAUGGUUGGAAGUAAUGGAUGAAAAUGUGGAGAAAACUGGCAAAUUGAUUAGUAUUCAGAGAGGAGAACUGGUGAAGAUGCGAAGGAUGAAGAAACUGGAAUCUGAAGAGAAAUUGGGAGCUGAUGUAGACGACAAAAGGAAAGCUCUUUCAUUUGAAGAGCAAUUAGGCUUAAUGGAAAAGAAUAAUUCCAAGAAGAAAAUGCCCCAUGAAAAACUUAAGGAUAUUGAAAGAAGCAAGGGUCCUGGAAUUCAGAAGAUCAACAAAGUUCAAAAAGAACUUCUAGAUGAAUCAAUUCAGGGAAAGAUGCUGCGAAGGAAACGUCCAGGUCCAAAAUGCUCAAAGAGUUUCGAUUGGACAUCUGAAGGCAAGGAGUCUUUUGAAUCUAAUUCACCUGAUAAGCCUUCAAUGGAAACUGUUAUGGAUCAUUGUAUGAGUAGAUAUUACAGACUUAAAAGUUCAAACUGGUCCUGUGAUUCAAAAACAGCUUUGAAAUUGCUUCGUAAGAAGUAUAACUCGUUGAAACUUUUGUUUGAAAAAUACCCAGUGAUAUAUGUGCAAAGGAUUAAAUCAGAGAAGAAACAUAAUUCCAUCAAAAAAAAGGAAAAAAAUAACAAUUCUUUGAAAAGAAAAGAAAGACUUAUUCGUGAGAGUAAACCAGAAAGCAUAGAAGACAUUGUUAAAGGAACUAACACCACAGAUGUUGAUAAGAAACCCAGUAUAGACUCAUUAGUUGAUCCAAGGGUGAUGUCACUUUCAAAAGCAUUGCAGAGUAAUAAUGCUGGAAAAGUUGGAAUAGAAAAAACAUUCAAACAACAUACUAAAGGUGGCAAAAUAAAGCAAGAAGAGUCAAAGACAUUAAAACAGAAGAAAAGGACACCACUUGUCUCUAAACCCGAUUGGUCUAAAUUUAAAGAGAAGCUGAAAGAAGCAAAUUCUCGACUAGUUGCUAAAAAGAAAGAUGGGAUGGUUGUCGAGAAGAAUCUCUCCAGCUUUACCUUUAUUCAAAGUAGUAAUCAGUUGUUUUCAGCAAAAGUUCCCCAGUUCCGAAUUCCUCGUAAACCUCCAACAAUAAAAACUGAAGAUGAAAAAUCAGAAAAUAGUGAUGUCAAGACCAAUACCAUUGAAUCAAAAGAAACAGUUAAGGAGAAAAUAACUACAAAUUGUUGGUCACAGAAUAAGCCCAGUGUUAAAAGAAGCGAUGAUGAAGAGGUUUCUGAUAUCAUAAAUACUCAUAAUACUUCUUGGAAAAACAGACCUCGUUCUACUUCUUUAAAAGACAGACCCUUUGAAAAAUUUGUUCUUGAUGGUUAUACCAUUGAAAUAAGUAGAGAUAGUCCUUUAGAUGCUGAAAUGGAAGAUCAUGACAAUUUUAAUCAGAAUGGAACUGAUAAUAAUUCAAGCAACUAUUAUGAAAAUGAGUUUUCAGACAACGACUCUGAAUCUUGUAGUGUCAAUCAAAGUGUAAAACAUGACAAAGGUUCUGAUAGUUAUUUCGACAUGCUUUUAUCAGAUGACAUUGAUUAUGAAACGGUUGAUACAACUAUGAGUUCUGGUGGUGAGAUUAUUGAACAGCAAAGAGAUAUGGUUCUUGUUGAAGAUGUAAAAGGUGGAAUAUUGGAUUUUCAAGAGCUUGAUAUAGAAAAUAUUGCAGAUGUGAGCAGUCCAUACAGUAUUACUGAUAGUCCAAUUCAGGUUGAAAAUGAUAUGUUUGAUCCUGAUUAUGAAAGUGAUCCCGAUGUUGGUGACAGUGAACAAAGUUCACAUGAGAAAGGACAUGAACACUUAUUAGAUAUUGGGCAAUGUUUAUCAGACAUAGGUCUUGAACAAUUCAAACGAAUGAAUGAUAAGGAAUCUGCAAGAACUGAUCAUAAUGCACAAGUUGUUGAUAGUGUGAUGGAAAACAUCCUGCUUGAAAUUGAGGGUAGGGAUUUUUCAAGUGAAAAAGAAUCUAUUGCAUCAAAGGUAGAAGAUGUUUUAGAAUGUAUUGAUAAAAUGGUUAAUAUGCUUGUUACUCAAGAAAAUAAGAUUGAUACUAGUAGCAACAUUUCAACAAUCGAAUGUAAUGAUGAUGCACUUCAUAAGCUGAAUAGAGAGUCUGAGAAAAAGAAAUCACUUUUUGUAGGGGACAGUGACUUAGAUGCAACAUCUGUAGAAAGAAAUGUGUUUGAUGUAUUUGGAGAAACAUCAGGCAGUACAAAAGCUGAAGGUUGUGAAAUACCAUGUCAAUGUUCAACCAAGGGGCAUGGUACUUCAUACAAUGGAACAAAAGAUACUACAGUAUCACUUUUCAAGCCUUUUAAAAUACAGAGAAAGUCAGAUUCAAGUCUCAAGCUAAAUGUUCUUUCCAGAGACAAAACAUUCCUAGAACAAGACAAUCCUGAAAAGAGAAAAUCUCUAAACAGUAAUGGACAUGAGUUCAGCAGGGGUAAGAGAAAAUCUGCGGACAGCAGUGGACAGCAGGAGUUCAGCAGCGACAAUAGACAAUCUCCUGACAGCAGUGGACAUGAAUUCAUCAGUGACAAAAGAAAAUCUUUUGACAGCAGUGUACAGCAGGAGUUAAGCAGCGACAAUAGACAAUCUCCAGACAACAGUGGACAUGAGUUAAGCAGUGACAAAAGAAUAUCUCCAGACAGCAGUGAACAUGAGUUCAGCAGUGACAAAAGAAAAUCUCCUGACAGCAGUGGAGAUGAGUUCAGCAGUGACAAGAGAAAAUCUCCUGACAGCAGUGGAGAUGAGUUCAGCAGUGACAAGAGAAAAUCUCCAGACAGCAGUGGAGAUGAGUUCAGCAGUGACAAGAAAAAAUCUCCAGACAGCAGCGGAGAUGAGUUCAGCAGUGACAAGAAAAAAUCUCCAGACAACAGUGGAGAUGAGUUAAGCUGUAACAAGAAAACAUCUCCAGACGGCAGUGGAGAUGAGUUCAGCAGUUUAACAACUGACAUAAGGAAAGGGAAACAAACAGCAUUAGCAUCAGUCUUAGAUGAAAUCUUUACAAAUUCUGUGAAACAAUGUCACAAUUUUGAGACAUCAAAAGUAGAAGAUAUUUGUGAAACUCAAGGGGGAGAAUUCAAAUCACCUGCUAAUGGAACAGAUAAUGAAAAAGAAAUUAAUGAAAAAGAAAUUGAUAAAGGUUUUGUGACAAUAAGUUCUGAAACUAAUUCAUCUGCAGAUAUUGACAGUAAUAAACACGAAAAGCAGUCUACUGUACAAGAGUGUACAGAGGCGUUAAAAGUGGAAAAGGAAAAACACCGAUCUUGCAAGAGGGAAACAACCUUAUGUUCCUAUGACUGGUUGAGCAGCGAGGAGAGUGAUGCCCGUUCUGACUCAAUGGAGCAUACCGAGGAGAGGCUGAUGCAGGAUUUCCCAAAUCACAACUGGCUUUUCAACAAGUACCAGCUGGAGAUCUCAGAACCAUCUCACCAUGACAUGCCGCUUGGGAAGCCGCGCAGGAGGAGGAAGAAGUCAAGAAGUUCUGUAAAGGGAGGCAAGAUUCAUCAGACGUCCGAAAAAAAGUGCCAGAAUCAAUCACCACGUAGACUGAAGUCUACAGGGUUCGACAACAGACAGAACAGGCAGAAUAUCUCAGGUUACAACCAAAAGCUUAGUGGCAAGGCUGAGAAUGAAGAAAGCAUGAAGGAGUGUCAACUACAAAGAGGAGUGAGCCUGGAUGAGUCUCAGGCUGGCAAAUGGAAGUUUGCUACAUCAGGACACCAGGAUGAAACUGUUUGUCAAAAUGAUACAGUCUAUAGACGCAAUAGUAUUACUUCUCAGCCUGAAGAUACAACAAAUUUGAGUUUUAGGAAGAAAUCAGAAAGUGAGAUUAAAGGCAAGAGCUUUAUUGAAAGCUAUAAUGAAUUUAUACAAAAAGGUGUAAUGGACGAAAGGUUGAACAUGCCAAGUGAUGAUGUUGAGAACAUUGAAAGGACGCUGAUAUCAACAAAGCAGGCUUCAGAGUGUUCUGUUGAUGACAACUGUCAUAUAGGGGAUGAACUAAAACAGGAACAUGCUCAUGACAUUGUGAAUAAUGACGAGCAUGAGGUCAGUUGGUUGAAUGACCAUGAGGACGUACCUGAAAAGAAAGAAGAUUCAGUCAAGCAAUGGGAACAGAUUGCUACAUUCAUGCAAGGUCAGACUGAGGAGAUUGCUACUUUCAUAAGAGGUCAAUCUGAUAAUGAGGACAACGAUGAUGGACAGGCUGCUUUAGAUCUUUCUCUUGUGAAUAAUAGCAGUUCAACAAGAGCUGACGGUAUGAGCACACUUGAACAUCCAGAGGAAACAAUCAUGCUCAAAAGUGGCCCACAAACGAUUAUACCUUCUGUUGCUACAGACCAAAAAUUAUCUACAGAUUUUGAUGAAGUUCUAAGUGAUUCAGACCUUGAGGACAGUCGGCUUGAGAUCGAUGAGUCUGCCAACACAUCCAUAGAAAGCUUCAGCUUGGUGCCAUCCUGCAGUGAGAUGGAGGAACCAGGAAAGAUGACAGCGUUUUCAGACGUCACCUUAGAUCCAGCAGUUGCUGCUAAUGCUGUCCCGUCUUCAACUUAUACAUCUACCACUACAAGUUCAUUGACAUGCAGGGAACCAACAGUGUGUUCAGGGCCUGAAUCUCCCAUCACCAAUAGGUCAGGUCAGUCUAUAGAUGAAACUGAAACAUCGCCUAGUCUAGAUGUACUACCAAGUUGUGAUUCAGCUUAUAGGCUCAGUGAAAAGCAAACUGAUUCACUGAAUACUCCUUGUGGUGAAGUUACAUGUAUAACAAGAACUGAAAGCCUUGAUUCUCCAAAAGAAGUGGAAAAUAAAUCAUUAAUAGCCGAAAUGCCAGGGGUUGAAGAAUCAGAUGACAUAAAUGCUGACCUUUACACGGAAUCAGAUCCAUUGAAUAUUUCGGAUAUCUCUGCUGCAUCUGAAGUGACAGGGGAAGUAACUGAUGAUUUAGAUCAUCAAAGGGAAGAAGCUGCUGAUGAAAUCAGUAUUGAUGAAGAAAAAGAAGUUGUAGAGAAGACAGAUAAAAAUAUUCUUGAAGUUCAAAAAGAGUCAGAUGCUUGUAGAAGUGAAGGAGGCACCAACAAGAAUGACCCACUUGAUUUGUGUGUGGCAAAAUCAGAUGGAGGGAACAUCAGUUUCCGGCCGCGAGCCAGGCCCCCUGUCCAGCUUGUUCAUCCUCAGGUCCACAAACCUAUCCUUAUCUCCAUGGCAACCCUACCAUCACCCAUAGCAACCAUCUCCAGUAGCAAUAGCAUAGAGACUGCCGCCAUCACUGAGAUUUCAAGGAGUGCUGCCAUAACCCCAGCUCCUAGAAUGGCAGAGCCUCUGCAAAGUGGAACCCUAGUGAAUCCACCCUACCAGACCAUCCCUGUGUAUGCAAUGGAUCUCACCACUGUCUCCAACAUGGGCAUGGUUGUACCAAUUCAACCGUUAAUGCACUCUUCUUCUACCAUGCUUCAGCAGCCUUUAUCACAAAACAUUUACCUCAACCAGUCUGCAGCCUCACAGGGAUUAAGUCAAAACAGACCUAAUGUUCCACGGAUACAUCAUAGUACUCAGGGGUUUUCUCAAAGUAAUUUUAUUCGAUCUGUGUCAACAGUAGUGCGACCUCAAAACGCAGCAUCUCCAACUAGUGCAAAUUCACAGGUUUUUGCUGAAAGACACCCAGUUCAUUCAUCUGAUCAAAACAUUCCUAGUUUGCAGUCUAGUUCUAGUUUUACAUCACACAUUGUGCAAAACUCAGUUUCUCCAAAUGAGACAGAUUCAGUUACUAUUCACCAAGAAUCAUUGAAAGAAGUGCAAUCUAUAUCAGUAAAGCCAUCAAUCAAAGGCCCUCCACCGUUAAUAAAAAUUUUGAAAACUCCAGUUGUGUCAAUUUCACCACAAGGAAAAUCCAUUUCCGAACCAAGUCAGGGUAUUACAUUUUCCAGUAAUGUUAAACAAUGUGGUUUCUAUUCAGAAAAUAGAGGCCAAAUAACAGCUUUUGAAGAUAUGCAGGUCAUAACAAGAACACAGAAAAGUAUGUCUUGUAACAACACUAAUGAUGAUAAUACUAUGGGUAUUGUUGACACUAAAUGCAGUUUGCAAGAUAAAACAUACACAAAUUUAGAAAAAAAAACAAUCAUACCAGAACAUGACAGUGGAAGUAAUGACAGUGUGUUUGAAGAUGAUGAUGAUGACAUCAAAAAGCAAAUGGAAGAGCUAGACAGGGAAAUAAAAAGGAGGGAGCAGGAGCAAGAAGAAAUGCGGAAAAAACGAGAAGAAUUGCUUCUAAAACGAAAGCAAGCAAAAGCAGGUGUAACUGUGAAGACAUCUGUAACAACCAUUGAAACUUCAACAACUAGACUGGCCAUUGCCCCCAUUUGUAGUCAAACUUUACUGACUUCACAAUCAUGUCAUGAACAACCUGAUGCAAAAGUGAAUCAUGAAAAGACUGAUAGUCCGGUUAGUCCGAUUGAAAAGAGCAUUUACACACACCAGGCAAGUGAAACUGGUGGGAGAAGAAGGAGUGAAAGUGAAGUUGAUCAAGAACAAAGUUUUGAUAAAAAGAAUGAAGCUAUGGAUUUAUCACAAGUUCUGUAUCAAACUGUGACCAAGAAAUCAACUUCUGAUGAAAUUACUAUCAAAGAAAAAAAUGUUCCUUUUCAUGAGAAAGAUUUUACAAACACUACUAUGUCUUUGAAAGACAACAUAGAGGACAAAAUCCAUGGGGUCAAUACAGACAAAAUAGUUUCAACAGAUGUUUCAGACAUAAGAUACAUAUCAGAUAUAUCUAAUAUCAAUCCUUUCACAUUUGAGUGUGAAGAUAAAAACGAUGAUUUGGUAGUAGACUUGACAAAACCUGGUCUUGUUAAUGAUCAGUUGCCUGAUGUGCUGAUGAAGGGUAAAGAUGUUGAAGCAGUAUCAUCAGAAUGCUUAAAUCUUACAAAGAAUAAGAGUGUAUCAAUGAACAAUGAUAUUCAGUCAGGUAUUUUGAAAAUAUGCACUCAGACAUCUGAAGCAUUACCCACAGUGGUGUCACCAAGGAAUAUGUCAUCAUCUAUGAGUUCUAUAUCUGUACUGCCACUUUCCUUAAGCUCUUCUAGUCAGAGUAGCAUGCCACUGGAUCUUGCCAGUAAAAGUAAAUCUAGUAUUUUAAAUGAAAAUGAGAUGGAAGUGAUUUCCAGUAUUCAUAGAACUAUCAAUGUAGAUAAAUUAAAUCAGCCUAGUGUUACAGCUAAUAUUGAUGUAAUUGAUUUAACUUCAGACAACAAUGAACAUUUUAAUAACACAACUAGUAGAUCAAGUAUUGGGAAAAAGAAAGAUUCAAUGAAUGCUCCAUGCGACAGUGCUUUAUUUGGACACAGUCUUAGAAACAAGUCUUUGAAGGAACUUCAAGAAGAGGCAAUAAGACAGAUGCAGCAGAGGAAAAAUCAGAUGGGAAUACCAGUUGAUAGUGACAGUCUUACAGUUGAAGAUCUGAAAAAAUCUCCCUAUGGAAACAAUGGUUUAAGAAAACAGAGCUUUUGUCAAGAUGUUCAAAGAUUAAGCGGAAGAAAACGUUCUAGUGAAGUCAUGAGUCAUACAAAGGACCAAAGGACAAGAGAAAUACCGGAAGCCCAUUGUCCACUUUCCCCACCAAGAAACAGGCCAAAAAAUGCAAAAGCUGAACCUGCUCAUAUUCAGGUUACAGAUACAAGAAAGUUGCUAAAAUGCCUUAAUAAAUGCAGUAAAUGUUCUGUGCCACCUGCUAUUGAACAAUCAUGUCCACUGAUACGGAGGAAAAGAGAGUGUUUUCUCUCCCCAAAAGAAAUAUUACAACCCAACCCAAAGAAAUGGGAACAAAGGCAACCAAAGCCUGCACAUAGCCAGAGACCUUUUGGUAUUGCCGGUCAACUGAUUGUUCAGACUGUAAAACAAACCAGAAAAAGAACUCUAUCCAGAGAUGUUCAGACUUCACCAAAUUCUUACAGCUUACCAAACACACCUACUAGUUUAGAUCAUUCAACAUCAAGAAGAACCACUUCUGCAUCUGCUGAAUUGGACAGUAGUUAUGUUGUAGAACAGAUAUCACCACCAUAUAGUGGAUCUCAUAGUGAUGUUAACACUUCAAACAGCCAUAGAGAAUUUGUCCAUUCACCUAUAAGAGCACAUAGGGACUUUAAUGAACAAUUAACAAGAACAGGUGUUUUAAGACCUCCAGGUUAUGUGCCUUCCUCUAAUUUGCCACACAUGCAUCAAACAAAUAACUCUGGUGGCUACAAUUUGUCCACAAAAUCUCAGACUGAUAAAAAUGAGUCAAGCUGUGAUAUGGAAAAGGCUGUACAACAAGAAUUAACUGUUGCCUUAGCAAAACGACAGAAAAUGGACAAUGCUGAAAUAUAUCCUGAAAAGCAGGUGAGUCAUCAGAUGGGAGCUGUAGCAACAAAUGAAAGACAAAUAGUCAGAAUGCAUCAAAAUCCCGCACAAGCACCUGGCAGAGCAGCUGUAGGAUCGCAGCACAGUACACAGGAACAAUCGAUGAGAUAUCAGUCAAGAAUGGAUCAAUCUCUGCAAAGAGUUGGACAAGUAAGAGUUGAAAAGACAGUGCCUGAAAAUAGGGUCGUAGUGAAUAACACAGAGAGAGAGCAUGGUUGGCAGAGAAGACCAGGUAACAGAUAUGAGAUGCCUUCUGCUGGUCACAACGUGGAAACUUUCAUGGGCCCUCAGUAUAAUAACCAACAGGUGCAGCAAAAACAGCUAUUACCCUCACCUAACAGAUAUGAGCAGGCAAUGGAGAGAGAUGGAAGGAUGGUUAGAAGAAUUAAUGCUCCAGUCCCCAGAGAAAUUGAUUCUAGUUCAAACCAAACUGAAGUACAUAAUCUUCUCCUUCAACCCCACCCAAUGAGCCGCUUACAACACCCACAACAGGUCAACCCACAAAUGGUUCAAAACCAAUAUCCUAAGAUACAAAGGCUUCAGGAUACCACUGUUUCUUACCAAGGACAGCCUAAUUAUGGAAGGCAAGGAAUGCAGCUUCAACAGUAUCAGCCUUCCCCAGCUAGUCAGAUGAGCCAGUUACGAUCUCAAAGACCUUAUAUGACUGGCCAACCCCAGCUGACAGAUGAUCAGAGGUUGGCACGCAUGCGGCAGAUUAGAGCACAACACAUUGCCAGGAACCAGGGCAGAAGUCAGGCUGCUCCAGGGCAGGAAACCAGUCCAACAGGCCCGCACUUAAUACCAGGGCAAAAUCAGAUGGGGCCAGAUGUCACCAUGGAAACUGCGGGCCCAACAGUUGAUGUGGCAAGCCCUCCGUUUGCAGAGGCACCCACUGCCCCCCAGAUAUCACCAAUAACACCACCUCCAUACUCCCCCAAGGAAUGCCCUGCCUAUGACAACAACAGGCAUAUACAUCCCCAGGCCAGCAUUCAGGCAAACCAGUCUGGUCUGCCAGUAACUAGUCAGUACCAGCACCUGCAGCAAGUAAACCAGUCUGGUCUGCCAGUAAGCAGUCGGUACCAGCACCUGCAGCAAGUAAACCAGUCUGGUCUGCCAGUAGCCAGUCAGUACCUGCAGCAAGUAAACCAACCUGGUCUGCCAAUAACCAGUCAGCAUCUGCAACAAGUAAACCAACCUGGUCUGCCAGUAACCAGUCAGCACCCGCAGCAAGUAAACCAGUCUUCCUUGCCUUACCAACAGCAGUCUGGUGGACCAUUGAUGGUGUCCAUACCAUACCCUCAGCAGGUGGCAGUGUCAGCAGGGGGAAUGCCAGCUGGAAAUCACCAACCAUUUAAUCAGCAAUAUCAGCAACAUAAUCCUCAUAGACCUUUCCAACAGCAACAGCAACAACAGUUUCAGCAGCAGCAGCAGCAACCAAGACCACAGUUCCUACCUCAGAAUAGGUUUGCUGCAAAUACACAGUCACCGCCAGGGUCUGUACCUCAGCAAAUGUUUGUUAACUACAAUGACCAAAGACUACUGCAAAGGGCUCCGUCUCAACAGAUGCAACAAAUGGCGUCUACAAGACAACAGCAGCAACAGUUUACUGGUUAUAAAAUCCCUCCACAGAGAAUGCAGCAGUAUAGUCCACAGUCUAACAACAGUACUCCUCCAAGUCAGUAUGGUGGACAGAUUCAACUGACUGUUAAUUCUCCACAAUUCGUUAAUACAACUUACCCUGGGGGAAACCAAAGAAUGCCAGUUCCCCAGAUGCCAGCUGGCCACCAUAAUACGGCCACAAGGUUUCCUGGUCAGAGACAAAUAGUACCUGUUCCUGGUCAACCUCAGGGUCACCGUUUCAUGACAAAUAACAGUCAGUAUAUCAUGCCUACACCUGAUAGUGAUGUUGAUUAUACUGAUCAGGCGAUAAACAAUAGCAGACAGAGAAACCUGAAAAGAGAAGCGCCCAAAAGGAAAUAUAAAAAACGGAAAAGUAAAGAUCAAACUAAAGAUUCAGACAAUACUGAAAGGGAAUCACCAGUAAUGGUAGACCCCUGUAAAGCCAAAGAGGAUUCCAGUGAUCAAACAGAAAAUAAAUCAUCCGCUAUUACCAUUACAGAUGAAGAAAACUCUAUCCCUGAACCAGAUCUCACAAUUACUUCAAUUAAUGCUGAAACAGAUGCAACAACAUCAAAAGAGGCCUCUUCUUGUGGCGAGGCCAGUGAAAUCAAAUGCAGUACAUCAGAUGAUACAACCAUUCAAAACUCUGAAGAAGAUCUAGCUGAUCAAAAUCAAAAAGAGGCAAAAACAUGUGAAAAUGUUUCAACUGAUUUAAGUGAAACAGAGAAAACUUUAGAUAAAACAGAAACCACAGAGAGUGAAGUGCAGUCGAAGUCAGAUCUAACAGUGGAAGUAGAAGAACCGGAAGAGAAGUCUAAAAGGGAAGAAUUGCCCCACUUGCAGCAAAUCCAUGGACGGUGCGUGUUAUGUGGGAAAUACUCCCUGUACCUGUGCAGCAACUGUAAGAAGAUCUGGUACUGCAGCCCAGGAUGUCAGUUAAGCCACUGGCAGACACACGCAGAUGAAUGUGAUGGCGGCAGUGCUUGACCUUGAUCUCACAGGCAGUUGAAUUGGAUGAUGACAUGGGUUGACCUUGACCUCACAUGGAGCUGAAUGGGAUGAUGACAUGGGUUGGCCUUGACCUCACACACAGCUGAAAGGGUUGGUGAUAUGGGUUGACCUUGACCUCACACAGAGCUGAAUGGGAUGAUGACAUGGGUUGGCCUUGACCUCACACACAGCUGAAAGGAAUGGUGGUAUGGGUUGAUCUUGACCUCACACAGAGCUGAAAGGGUUGGUGGCAUGGGUUGACCUUGACCUCACACACAGCUGAAAGGGUUGGUGGCAUGGGUUGACCUUGACCCCACACACAGCUGAAAGGGUUGGUGGCAUGGGUUGACCUUGACCUCACACAGAGCUGAAAAGGCUGGUGGCAGUGGUUGAAAUUGACAUCACUUGCAGCUGAAUAUGAUGGUGGCAGUGGUUGACCUUGACCUCUCACCUUCACAGUUGCCAUCACAACACUCAAAACUGUGUGGUAUUAGAAGAUCGUGUUAAACUUUUGUAUGAAAUUAAAUUGAUAUGUUUUGAUAAACUGUUUUGAAGUAUUUUUAUGUAAAUAAUCAUCAUUAUUUGAGGAUUUUCAUGAAUGAAUUGUUUUGGUUUUUUGUAUGAGUCUUUGAGGUGUUCAUGUGCUGCUGUUUUGUCAUUUGUCAAGUGUAUGACAUUCAUAAAAUGUGGUUAUACACAGUAUGAUUGCUAUUUGCAUAAAUACAAAAUUUAAUGUUUCAAAUUGCUCAAUCUUCUUUAUUAGAUGAACUACUCAAUUAUUUAUAUUAAUAAAUAUACUAUCUGUUCAUUGCAAUGUCAUAUGUUUUCUGGUGUAUUUAAUUAUUUCAUAAGAUAUAUAUGCAUUAGAAAUACCAUAUCUUACAUAUAAAUAGUAUAUCAUAAAUAAAUGAAUAUCAAAAUAUCCAUAGAUCCAUUUGAAAAAAAUAACGCAAUGUGACAAGUCAUAAUAUGAACUUCUAAAUUGUUUUGGUUUAUUUUUAUAACCAUGGUGAUGUUUAUGAACAUGAAUGUCACAACUCCUUCUCUGAAGAUACCUGUGUACAGUGUUUAUGGUAUUGUCAGUCCUAUUAUAAGUGCCAUUCACAUGUGUAUGAUCAUGAUUCAUGUAUUAUUUUACACUAUUAAAUCCAUUUUGCAGAGAAAUUAGUGCUCAAUUUUGUAUAUAUAUUUGUUAAAGAUUACAUAAUCAUUUCUAUUUUGUUGAACGAUUUGGCAAGAGAAAAUCCAAUAUGCACAAUCGUAUGUUUUAAUUAUUAUGCAUUUUAAAGAUAUUUUAUAACAGUCUUGCAAACACUGGUGUCCCUGAAGUACUUGUCCAUUUUUGUUUCUGAGUAUUCAUGGGAUUAAUAUCUGGAUACUUUAUGUACAAUCCCUCAAAAGGCAUUGAUAUAUUCCAUUUCUUUUGAUUAUGCAUUAUUUAUUUGUUAACCUGUCCGGUUCUUAAAUAAAGUGAAGAUAAUGUCCCGGUUCUCUCAUUAUGUAAAGGGUACAGGCAAGUGCCUAAUUCAGAACAGUAACUAUGCACAGUGAUAGUGUACAAACGUCACAUUUUGAUCUAAAUAUUUUGGGUGCAUAUUUCAUAUUUUCCUCAAGUAAGAAAAAAAUUGAUCCAAUUUUAAUAUAUGCUGGGCAUGAAGUGAUUUUACUGUAUUUUGUAUUUUUUUAAUGAUGAAUUUAAUUUUUAAGAUAAUUUUGUUUUAAAUUUGAUUAUGUAAUUAUGUGAUAUUAGGUGUCCGAUUUAUUUGUCACUGUCUUGAAUUAGGCCCUUGCCCAGUGAUUGCCAUGGGCUUUGGCCUAAUGCAAAAAAAGAAAGAUUAUCACAUGAACCUUGAUAAGUCUGUUUAAGUCCCAUCACUCUGGCUAACACCCUUUUGAGUUAUGUCCAUUGGUCAAAUGAAAGACCAGUGUUGGCAUCUGGUUGCAGUGCACUUAAAGCUUGUUGAUUUUCUUCACAUGUUUUCUGUUUCUUAUGUUUGCUACAUCGAAAAGAUUAAUUGCUACAACCAAUGGUAUAAAACUGGAUAAGUUAUAUACGGUAUAUAUAUUUCAGCCAAUUUUUACCAACAAAAAUAAAUAAUGAUUUUUUUACAAUUGGCUGCGGGCCAUUUCGUUUAAUACUAGUAAUAAUGAUCAGAAUAAAGAGUUUUAUCCUGAAAAAAAUAGUCAAAUAGUAUUCUGUCAGCAAUAUACAUUUGUAUUGCAAGAAAAAUGGUAAAAAUGCUUUUAAUAACAUAACUGUUUAAGUUUAAUAGAAACGAAAUGUCUCAAAAAUCAAAAUUCUACUCAUUUUAUAUUCUCUGCAGAAAUGUACUGAAAUGCAAUGUGUAAUUUAUGUUCUCAUUAAAUAAUGUAUAUUUUAAAACUAGGGGCAUUUAUGCGUGUGUUCACAUUUCUACACAUCUUGAUUAUUAUUUCUCAUAAUGUACACUGUUUGAGACUUUUAUCAAGUAACUGUUUAACUGAAUUGUUUUUGUUGAAGCACAUGGUUUUAAGUUUUCUGUUUCACCAUAUUUUUGGUUUUAAUAUAGAUUUGUAUCUUAAAAACAAGUUUUAGUGUCAUGUUACCAUAAUUAAUGGUGAGUCAUUAAAAAAACCACAAUAACAUUAUAAUGAUUUAUGUAUUAUACAAUUUUCUAUAAAACAAACCAAAGUUAUUUUUCAUGAAUGCUGUAAAUGUCCUAUCACAGGCACCAGGCACAUGACUUUUAAUGAAACCUGAGCAUUUAAAAAGAACAAAUUUCACCUAUUCAGCAAACGUUUUAAAAAUGGUACGCCAGAAUUACAAAAAGUGCUUUAUAAUGGCCCCGAUGGGAUGCUUUUCAAUGAAAUAAAUAGACCCAUGAACCCCUGGCACAUCUAUUUGGGCAUACAUGUUUAAUGGGACAUUUACGGUAAAUAAAUUUUACAAUGCCCCUAUUCGUUUUGGCGAAUAGUAUUUAAUUUUUGUUACAUUUGCCUGUAAUUGAAAGUAUAAAUUCAACUGGUUUUACUACAAUAUUGAGAUACAUAAAAAAUGAUGAGACUGAAAUCCAUUAAACUGUGUUGUUUUUUGUAUUUCUUUUACUGUAAAGAAUUUCUUGCAUUGUUAAAUAUUGCUGUAAUAGUACUGUAUUUUUAAGGGAAUUAAACCAAUUCCGAAAAACACAGAUUUAUUUUCAAGUUGAAUGCCUUGGAGUUCAUUAACAGUUACCGUACAUUAUUCAUAUGCAAGUAAAAUAACUAUGCAGUAUUUUACUAUAAACAGUUUUGAUGGAUAUUUAUUUUCAUGUGAUAAUAAAACAGAUAUAUAUGUGUUAUUUAAUAUUAUAAGACAUGUAUAAUUCAGGCGGUGAUUUCAUAUUGGCUAUGCUAUUUGGACAUGGAAAGUAGUAUGAGCCUUGUCUCAGUUUGUGCCCCAUUAAUGCUUACUCAAUAGUUUUGUAUAGCAAAAUUAAACACAAACUUUCAGGGCUUUCAUUAAGAAUUUAAAACUGGAAGUAUGAACUUCCUGACCAUUAAUAUUGGAAGUUUUACACUGAAUUUGGAAGUUUAAGUUUCCCCGAAUACAUUUUUUUUUCAGUAUUUGUUAAAUAGUACGUGAAAAAUCAAAUAAUUUGAAGAUAUACCCUGCCAAAUUCACAGAUAUAUGUUAUAAUAAUUAAUUUUACUUCAAGAGUGAUUGAAAUCGUGGGCUUUAAAGUAAUAGUGACACCAGGUUUUGAUAUUUGACUACCAAUCUUUUGACUUCGGGAGUUUUCUUCAAAACUAUGGAAGUUUUUGUACUUUCAAGGAAUUAUGUUUGGAAGUAUUAACCCAUUUCUAGAGAGCAAUAUACUUCCAAACUUCCUUUAAUGGAAGCCCUGAACUUUUACAUACUUGGUUCUAUAGUAGCCUGAAUUGAGUGCAAACAUGACCUACGCAAACGUGUACACAGCUGUGUGUUGGGUUUUUGAGAAGACAUGAAUAUUAUGACAUAAACACCAUGCAAUAUUAUAUUCUUUUUUGACUCAUACACAUAUAUAUUGCUUGUUCAAUGUUUGCAUUUAGAACUCUUUGGGCAUUAUUAAAGGCAAGAGAUCAGAAACCAUUUUGUUUCUCAACUCAUCUGACUGUUUCUCCAUUGACCAGUGUUCACAGUGUUCAGGACACAGCUACAUUAUAACAAUAUGAAAUCCAAGCUCACUUUUAGAACUAUCGACAUGUUUUUCUUCUUCAUUUCUCUCAUUCCAUGAACAUUGUUUCAGUAUUCAUUAUUUAUAAAAUUGUUCAUGUUAUUUGCGCAAGUAAUAUUUUCUUUAUAUGUUAAUAAUAUGAAUGUUUUGACUUUGAUCAUGUGGCACUUUAGUUUUCAGAUUUAUGAUAAUUCUUUGGGUUAAUUCCAGAAUAAUACAAGAAGGUACCAAAGGUACCCAACAACAUAGCUAUAUAGGCGGCUUUGGUAUUAUCUGGCAUUGACACCAUGAAUUAUAAUGAUGCUACAAAUCAGAAAUGUUUGUUGUUAAGUUUUAUUUUAAAGGUUCUUUUUAAAAAAAGUUAGAUAUAUGGCUGGAACGGUAUCGAGCGUGUCUUAUAUAAUUUAUAUCAGCUACAAAUUUGUACGUUAUUAAAUUUCAUAAUGAAAAAUAACUGCAUAAUAGACCAUUUCAUGGUCACUUGUGCUGGGGUUUAUAUUGGUGUGCAACCUACAUUAAUACACAUAAAAUGGUGCCAUAAUUUGUUGUUAUAUAGGAAGUGUGAUGUUGUACAAAAACACUUAUUCUAUAGUUGCCUUUUUUCAUUAAUGAACACAUACUUAAUAAACAUAUGUGCCUUGUUGUAUGAUAUAUGUUUCUAUCAUAAUUGUUUUGAAUGUGCAUUUUAUUAAUUGUGAGAAUAAACUAAACAAAGUGA